UGAGGCCGUCAGGUGUCUGGUGAACGUAACCGCAGCCAGUAUUCAUAUGGACUAUUGUGUAAUCAAUUUCACAACACCUGGAAAAUCCUGCAGCUUCAUCAUGACGGAUGCUUCUCACUUCACAAGCUGUUCUGAAGACGAGGAGAGACCGCACCGGUACACAUGCCGGAUAGUGGGUCUGAUUCCCGGUGAGACCUAUGUGUUUGAGAUCAUUUCUGAGAUGGACGGCGCUCGCUUAAACAUCACUGUUCAAACCGAUCCUGCUCCCGUCACAUCAUUGACUCUGCAGAGCAAAGGCAGCCAGGACUCUCUCGAAGCCGUCUGGACUCCUGCAGUCGGACACAUGGAGAGCUACCAGCUGUUUCUGUCUCACUCUGGCUCCUUUGACCCGGCCCUCACCCUUCCUCCAGACGCUUCUCACUGGCUCUUCAGAGGCUUGACACCCGGACACGUUUACCAGGUGUCGGUGAAGACGAAGAGUGGAGAACGAACAGCUGAGAGCAGGACGACUGCAAGAACAGGCAAGAAACAUGAGCACGAGCUGUGCAUUGCACAUGCUGGCAGACACAAACCACUUAAAACCACUUACCACUAUAGAUACUGUAUGACAUAUGCAUAUCUGAAUAACAAAUGAUUUAUUGCCUUGUCAACUAACAGGAAACAUUUUGUAAUGGUUAAGAUGAAACGUUCUGAUAACAUUAUUAAUAUUUGAU